AUGUCCCCCAUAACCGAACUCGCCCACCUAACCCUCUCCCCCACCAUCCCCGACUCCACCAUCGCCUCCGUCCUCGCAACCAACACCCGCGCCCUGCUCUCCCGCCCCGGCUGCCUACGCGUCCGCUCCUCCCUCGCCACCUCCCACCCCUCCCAGCAACAAGCAGAAAAGCACCUCCGCCUCUUCAUCGACUGGACCUCCCUCGCCGCGCACGCCGCCUUCGGCACCGACGCGCCGGCCGAGUACGCCGCGUUCCGGAAGCGGUUCGCGGACAUCGUCGCGCCGUCGGCGGGGAUGCGGCGGCCGUUCCACGUCUUCUUCCAGGAGGGGGAAGUCGCUCGCGAUGACGACAACGCUAACGACAACGAUAACGAGGACAGCGAUGACGAUUACACCGGCGCAAGCGUUCUGGACCACGGCGCAAAGACGCAAGUGGCAGAGCUCGUCCACGUGUACUACCCCGACCACGAGAAGACGGGCGAAGAGAAGGGGCGGGGCUUGCAAACGGCGCGCGACGUGGCGGCCGCGCUGGCGAAGCUGGCGCUGCCUGGGUGGACGGGCCAGUCGGCUGCGGGGUGGUCGGUUGAGCGCGACGUGCUGUACCAGGGGCGGCCGUGCCAGGUGCUGGUGAUGGUGUUUGGGUGGGAUAGCGUCGAGGCGUGUGAGAAGGCGAGGGGGGGCGAGGGGUUUGCGAGGGUGGUGGCGCCGGUGUUGGGGAGGUUUGGGAAGGAGAAGGGGGAGAAGGGGGUGGUGGGGAUGGAGGUUUGCUAUGUGAGUAACACCACGACGGAGAGUAGUGGGUGA